GUAGCAACUCUGUAAUUUCAAUUCACAGCGGUUGGUUGAGAGCGUCUUGCAGUUUUUUCGGAAAAUAUUUUACGCAGCUUAAUAGCUAUCAUGGGUCGUUCAGUUUAUGUCAAAUUGUGUAUUUAGUAAAAAGGCUUUGAAGUGAAAAUAAAAAUUAAUAUACAUGGCUUAUGUUUUGCAUCGCAAGAACCAGUAGCUAUUCCUCGCUCUGUUUCUGAUCUGCUUUGUUGUUGUCGUUGUUGGUGUUCCAGCUCUAAUUUCUCACAGCUGCAGCUGCUAGCUUACAAAUACAUUUGGCUGAAAGAGAACGCCUCACAGCCAACAAUGGACAUGGAAUAUGUGAAUAUUAAUGAAUUUAACGACCUCGAGUUGGCGACGCGCAUGCGCACCUGCAACUAUGAAAAAUAUAAAUCUCUCGUGCGCAUGCACCUCUCGUUUGAGCUCGAAUUGAAUACCGAUGAAUUCGAUUUACCCUGUCACGAAAUUGUAUACGAGGACAAAGGCAAGCUUAAAAAGUGGAACAGGCUGUCCAAGAAGCACAGAUUGGGCCAUGUUGGCAACGCUGCGAGUGUUGCCACCGUGUCCAGCUGUGCCGCUGGCAGCGGCAACAAAUCCGUGGGGAACAGUCCCACAGAGUGCUUGCAGCAACAAAUUGAUGCAGGCUUUCAAAUGCAUCUACUGGAGCUAAAGGAAUUUUUAAUGCUAGAAAAGAAUAUUACUCAGGAGGGGCUCUUUCGAAAAACGGGCGCUGUCUCGCGUCAAAACGAGCUGCGCCUACACAUACAGCAGGACAAACCGUUGGAACUAGAGCAGACUGGGUUCUCGGCACACGAUUGUGCUACCGUUUUCAAGAGCUUUCUGGCCGAGCUGCCUGAACCACUGCUGACCGACGCACAUUAUCCGGCACAUCUGCAGAUUGCACCACUUUGCCAAGCGCUUACCGAGAAGACGCAGGCCACAUUAGAACGGCAGCAGCAUCUUCUUAACUCGGUGCAGUUGCUGUUACUGUUGUUGCCGGAGGAGCAUCGGGAGCUGUUACAGCAUAUCAUGGAAAUGUUGCACGCUGUUGCCCUUCACGAGGGGAGCAACAAGAUGUCAGCAGAGAAUCUGGCUACAUUAUUUACACCUCAUCUAAUAUGUCCGCGCAAUCUGCCGCCAGAGGUGCUGCACUAUACUGCGAAGCGCAUGUCCAGCAUCAUUGCAUAUAUGAUUGUGCGAAGCUUGGAGAUUUUUGCCGUGCCCGCCAAGCUGGCAACCGAUAUUCGGGCGUACUUUCUUGAACGCAAACGCAAGAAAACCAUGUCGCCGGAGCAAACGCUUGACGAGUCGAUAUCGGACAUCUCAACGGUCAACACGGUGUACACUUUUGUAGAUCGUGCUGCCACUGCAGCGGCCACCAAUACCAACAACACAGAUACGGAGUUGGCUCAAUUGUAUGCCCACAUUCAAAGUCUGCCUGAGUCCUCAAAAAAACGGCGACUGAUCAAACAGUUUAACAAACAAAAUGGACAGGGCACCCCAUUGCAGUUAGUCGUUAUGAACCGAUUAAAGAACAACGAGGCGGCUCGUAGCGCAAAAUCCCUUGGUGACUCUAUCAAAAAACAUAUAUUUCAUAAGAGUCUUAUGUCGCGUACUCCCAAACGGGCGCCUGCUUUGCAAGCUAUGACCGGAUCAGAGACGCCUAAUCUAUCGCAUGCCAAAGCUCCAAAGUUGCGCGUGCUCUUCCAAAGCCCCACGCCAGCCAUGACACUGAACUCAUCAAGAGUCACGAAAUCAUCCGGCAUUAACCCACUACACACACUUCACAAGUCCAUCUCAUCCACAUCUCUAAAGAUAGAAUCAUCUUCGGAUAGCAGCAGUUGCGGCGCAAAUAGCCACUCCGCUCCCGUGAGCCGGCAGCAAUCGCACGAGCUGAACGCUCGGCCAGCUACUGUGCCAGAGCUAGACGAUAUUGACGCGUGCUGUGUAACGCCGGUAAAGGUCAUUUCCGCUGUGGCUCAGCAGCUGCUGAGCGUGGCUGAUAAGAAGAGUGUGGCAUGGGAUGAUCGUCGUUUGCUGGAUAUCGAGGAAUACUCGAAUCCCUGCACGCCCGUGCAGCAAUCUUCGCGCUACAAGUCUGAGCCUAAUCUGUGUAGUAUGCGGCCACAGGUGCACGACGACGAUGAAGACGCUGCGCUGACGCCGAUUGUAGAGGUGUCAACAACAACGGCUAGCUAUGGCAUGGGCAAGUCGCUGACACGGAAGCUGAUGAAGGGUGUCAGCAUGGGCAAUCUGCGUUUUCCCUUCAGCACACCAGAGACAACAAAACGUCUGGUACGCAGUGUUUCGGCGACUCUUAAGCGCCGUCCCAGCGGCAGCGAUGAUGCCAAGCAUGCUGGGUCCCACUUGCAGAAUGCGGAUGCCCCGUUGCUGGAGGAUGUGGAUGAUAGCGAUCUGGAGGAAAACGAACAAAUAGAAGAUGAAGAUGACGACACCUUGUCCGAGGUAAACGGCAGUUCCAACGAGUUGCCUGAGGGCAUAGGCAUGGCAAUCGAUGUCAGCUAUCAUCAGCAGUUGCUGCAGAGCAGUGUUUAUCGCAACCUGGAUUUGAUAACAAGCACGCCAGCGUUACGAAUGGCCCGCCGCUCCAUGUCGCCCAUAACCAAGUCCACACAACGCAUGCCCAAAGCCAUGCAGGAAUCCAUAAUGACGCCACGAUCGCGCAAACCUGUGAUGCUGCUCAAUGCCUUGGGCAAUGGCGACAAGCAGCAGAAUCAGAGCUUUCUCGAGCAACAGGAUGAGGUGCUGACGAGUAAACAGCUGGAGCCACCGGUGCUGCACAGCGAAGAUGCGACUUCCCUUGGAGGCUAUGCAGAUAUACUUAGACGUCAGCAGAGUUUUGCAAACGUUACCCUAUUAACACAACGGCAACGAACGAGCAGCAGCAGCAAUAGCAAUAGUACUGAGCUGGAACUGGAGCCUUCAAUAAUGGGGAAACCCCAUAAUGCCCUCUCAAGCGAUUUUAAGGAGUAUUUGCUUACGCGCAGUGUGUUGACAGCAAGUCCAGCGGAUUUGUCAUUUGCCAGCCGAUCGGAUGACUUUGGUGGUGCCAACACCACCCAGGAUAUUGAGGAUUUCGAUGAAUCGGAGCUGAGCCCAAGCUUGCUGUAUUGCUUGGAUGGCAAUGAACCGGCAAUCGCUUCGCCUCUAGGUAGCUUAAAUAUUGGUCGCAAACGUUCGGCAGGUUCACCUCUAAAGGCUGCUCUUGUUCAGGACGCUGUGCACAAUAAGGAAAACAUUUCCAGCCGUGAUACGGAUGAGCAUUUGCAAACGAAAAAACUUCUAAUUACUUCUCAUGAGGAGUAUCCAGGCGAAACGGCUCUUUAGCAUUAAGUAAACCAAAACCGGUUUGCCACAUUUAACGUUAAAACCGUUGCACGGUUUUAAAAAACUGUCCCAUCAAACAUAUUGCUUCCGUGAAAUUGUUUUCGAAAACAAACCAGCUGUCAGAUCUGGCGGCUUUUUAAGUAUAAGAAAAACGCGUUUGCUUUGUAACUGGCUGCGUUCUCAAAGUAUAUCUAUUUUAAAUGCA